AUGGGGGAACAAACAUCUUUGCCAGGUCCAGGUCCCGUCUUUGACAAACUUGAGAACUUCAAUUUCUUGAUGUCGCGUCACGAUCCCGCAGCCAAGACUCGACAGUACUCAUUUGACGCUGAUACAGGGCUGGUCCCGUUCGGCAACGUGAGUAUGGACUAUGAUCAGACCGAAGGCAUGGGCGGACUCUCUGUCAGUUCCUAUGAGAGUAUAGAAGACGACCGCAGCUCUCUUGAUCUCCGAGGCUAUCCCUAUCAUGGUCCUCCUGGCGAGAAGCCCAUCAACUACAAUCUCCCAGAGCACAUGAUGCCCUACUCAGCUCAUUCAAUUUACCCACCAGUCCCAUAUGCGCCCGACGAGCUCGGUCACGCACAGGGAGCCCUGACGCCAUCCGAUGUUUCCUCAUCCAUCUCCCCGCCCAAUGGCCAAAUGGGAAACACCAAGUACAGCACUUCGAUUUCCGGCGACCGUAUCGCCGCCGCCCUCGAUCAAGAGGAGGGCGUGCGCGGUGCCGCAGAGGAAGAUCGUCGUCGCCGAAAUACAGCUGCCAGCGCCCGAUUCCGUCAGAAGAAGAAGCAGCGCGAGCAGGUCCUCGAACGGACUGUUCGGGAAACUACCGAGAAGAACGCCUCCCUCGAAGCUCGCGUUGCACAGCUCGAGAUGGAGAACCGCUGGUUGAAGAACCUCCUCACUGAGAAGCAUGAUACUGGUUCUUCUGCUCGCGUGUCUGCUCCGGCUAAGGAUAGCUCGACCCUCGAGUCAAAAGGUCCUGGCGGCAAUACGAGACAAAAACAUAUUCAGCCCAAAAAGAAGGGCGUCGGCACCGAGGAGUGA